AUGUACUUGUACCAGAUUCCGUAUGUAUUAUCUAACAUUCUAGGAGAUUUUUCGAGUUCAGAUUUCCAUUGGUUAUCAAACGCCAAGCUGGAACUGAAAGUUUCUCUACCGGAGGCAGGGCGUCGGCUCGCCUCUCCAAGUACCAACUCUUCCCCGUCACCAGUGCACGCACAGAAUGGCGGUUUCGCAAGCAAAAUAUCGGGCGUUCCAUGUCCAGCCACACCCACACGAUACACAGCACCGGUCCACAUUGACGUCGGGGGUGUAAUAUAUACAUCAUCCUUGGAAACACUCACAAGAUUCCCAGAGUCUCGACUGGCCAAAAUGUUCAACGGUAGCAUUCCUAUAGUGCUGGAUACAUUGAAACAGCACUACUUUAUUGACAGGGACGGAAAGAUGUUCCGGUACAUACUGAACUACAUGCGCACAGCGAAACUUCUGCUUCCGGAAAACUUCAAUGAAAUGGAUCAGCUUUACGAAGAAGCGAGAUAUUUUGAUAUUCCCGGAAUGAUAAGGGAAGUCGAAAUCUUACGUAGAGGAAAGGGUAUCAAGAAAGAAAAAAUGGACACAGUUAGUGACAAUAGCAAACCUUCGGAAAAAGACGGUUUUUGCGACUGUAUCGCAGUGAGUUUGAGCCCCGACCUCGGUGAAAGGAUCUCGUUAAGUGCUGAGCGUUUUCUGAUCGAAGAAGUAUUUCCCGAACUAAAUUCUGCAUUACUUGAUUCCAGAAAUUCCGGAUUUAACAUGGACAACCGUUACGUUAUCCGUUUCCCACUGAAUGGUUUCUGUAAAUUGAAUUCUGUUCAAGUGUUUCAAAGACUAUUGAAUCAUUGUUUCAAAAUCGAAGCAUCAACUGGAGGAGGCGUUGAGGGACAACAAUUUUGUGAAUAUUUAUUUGUGAGACGGAACUGUAAAACUGUCUAAAUGUUCGGAAUUUGGAAGUGAACAUCGGAUCAAAUCUUUGAAAUCCACUAACUUACUAACUUACCUAGUAUGUUACUUCUCUUAGACCAUGUGCACGUGUUCUUGUCUUCAGCAGUAGUAACAUACAAUGUAUGUAUAUAUAUGAUAUCGGUCAGUCAUCAGUUUGUUAAAAUAAUUGCUUGUGUUUUGUUUAUUAAAAUCUGUGUCUUUU